UCUCCCCCUUUUCAGUCGGAUGACACGUGAAACUUUCCCGAGGAGUUGGUUGGUGUGUUUGCUGUGUCCUGUGCGGUGCUCCGUUAACUCGGCAGACAACCUGGCCACUGGAGAAGUUGCUGCGCAGCGCCAUGGCUGCCCAGUGCGACACUUUAAGCGGAUAUUUGCAGCAGCAGUCGGACCAUGGCUCCAACAGCGAGCGCAGCACCGACUCUCCUCUCCCGGGGUCGGAGGAGGAUCUGAGCGGACCCCAUGCGCUGCCAGAUCCGGAGUGGACUGAGGAGAGGUUUCGAGUGGACCGCAAGAAGUUGGAAAUCAUGUUAUUAGCUGCCUCCGAAGGGAGAGUCAACGGCGGGGAGGAUUUCUUUCAGAAGAUCAUGGAUGAGACCCAAACGCAGAUAGCCUGGCCAUCCAAACUGAAAAUCGGAGCCAAGUCCAAAAAAGAUCCACACAUCAAGGUGUGCGGGAAGAGGGAGAACGUGAGGGAAGCCAAAGACAGAAUCAUGUCUGUCCUUGACACAAAGAGUAACAGGGUAACUCUGAAGAUGGAUGUCUCCCACACGGAGCACUCCCACGUUAUUGGCAAAGGUGGCAACAACAUCAAGAGGGUGAUGGAGGAGACGGGGUGCCACAUCCAUUUCCCGGACUCCAACAGGAACAACCAGGCAGAGAAAAGCAACCAGGUGUCCAUUGCAGGGCAGCCAGGAGGGGUGGAGGCAGCUCGAGUAAAAAUAAGGGAGCUGCUCCCUCUCGUGCUGUCUUUUGAGCUUCCCGCCAUAAUGCAGUCUGACCCCAGCUCCCCUACCGUGCAGCACAUCUCGCAGACCUACAACCUCACAGUCUCCUUCAAGCCCCCAACACGUCUCUACAGGGCCACCGGCGUGAUUCGCGGCUCACAGAAUAACGUCAACGCCGUCAAGAGGGGUACAGCCCUGCUGUUGGAGCACCUGGCUGGUAGCCUGGCAAGCAGCAUCUCCGUCACCACCCACCUGGACAUCGCACCGCAGCACCACCUCUUCAUGAAGGGCCGCAACGGCAGCAACAUCAAACACAUCACCCAGAGAACAGGAGCCCAGAUCCACUUCCCUGAUCCCAACAGCCCCCAGAAGAAAUCCACAGUCUACAUUCAGGGCACCAUAGAAUCGGUCUGCCUUGCACGGCAGUACCUCAUGGGCUGCUUGCCUCUGGUAUUAAUGUUUGACAUUAAAGAGGACAUCGAGGUGGAGCCCCAGUGUAUCACAGCACUCAUGGAGCAGCUGGAUGUCUUCAUCAGCAUCAAGCCAAAGCCAAAACAGCCCAGCAAGUCUGUGAUAGUCAAGAGCGUGGAGAGGAAUGCAGUGAACAUGUAUGAAGCCCGAAAGUUCCUCUUGGGUCUGGAGAGCAACGGGGUGUCGUCCUCCUCGCCCUCCGUGGCGUUGAAUCCCGCCCCCAAUGGCCCGUCCCCGUCCCUCAUCUGCCCCGUUGGCCUGGACAUCCUGGCCUCAGCUGGUCUGGGGCUGAGCAAUCUGGGUUUCCUGGGUGCGACACCACCCCACUCCCUCACCAACUCCGCUGCCCCAAAUGCUGUCCUCAACAACCUAAACUCCUCCAUGAGCCCCCUGCAGACCCCGAGCCCCAGCACCCCGACGCCCUCCGCCUCCCUCUGGCCCAGUUCACUCACCAGCACCCAGGGCUUCUCAUCUCAGCUGAUGCUGCACCCUGCCACCCAGGCCACUCUGAGCAGCAUCCUGCUGUCAGGUGUGCAGGGGUACACACAGAGUACGCCGUCCCCUCCGCCUGGCCUUGCCCCUAUAGACAAGCAGCCCAACGGGGUCCCUGACUGCACCAAGGGCCCCUGCACUCUAAACGGACAUGUCAAGCAUCCUGGCUCAGUCUAUGGGAGGAUAGCGACUGCGUCGCUUGCAGAAACUGUUUUGAGUCCAGCACCAUGUGACUCGGUCCAGGAGGCCAGUGGACACAAUCCUUCAGAGCCGCUGUCCAGCAAGUCGAGUCCAGACGAAGGUUCUGACACAUUUGUGGAAGUGGGCAUGCCCCGUAGCCCUUCUCACUCAGCCAAUGGGAGCGAGCUGAAACAGAUGCUGGCUUCAUGUAAGACGUCAUCAGGGAAACGACAGGCUGUGGAGCUCCUGCAGGGCACCAAGAACUCCCAUCUACAUUCUGACUGUCUUCUCUCGGACGCCGAGUCCAGCUCAUCGGACAGCCCUGUGGCGGACAAGAGGGCACCUGGUAGCGAGCGGGCGGCUGAGAGGGCAGCACAGCAGAACGAGAGGGAGAGAAUCAGACUAGCGCCACAGACCUCCUUCGCUAACAUGCAGGCAUUUGACUACGAACAGAAAAAGCUGUUGGCAACCAAAGCGAUGUUAAAGAAGCCUGUGGUGACUGAGGUCCGGACCCCCACCAACACCUGGAGUGGUUUGGGCUUCUCGAAGUCCAUGCCAGCUGAGACCAUCAAGGAGCUGCGGAGAGCCAAUCAUGUUCCAUACAAGCCCAGCAUGAGCACCACCUAUGAGGGUUCCCCGCUGUCCUUGUCUCGAUCCAGCAGCCGGGAGGGCAUUGGCAACGGCAGUGACUCUGACAACUGGCGAGAGAGGAACGGCACCGGUAACGGACUGCCGAGUCAUGCUGAGUUCUCCUCCGCUGUCAGCAGCCCGAAGAGGAAGCAGAACAAAUCUGCUGCAGAGCAUUACCUCAGCAGCAGCAACUACAUGGACUGCAUCUCCUCCGUAACUGGCAGCAACGGCUGCAGUCUGAACUCGUCUCUGAAAGGCUCAGACCUGCCCGAGCUGUUCAGCAAGCUGGGCUUGGGGAAGUACACAGAUGUCUUCCAGCAACAAGAGAUUGACCUCCAGACAUUCCUGACUUUGACAGACCAGGACCUGAAGGAACUGGGCAUCACCACCUUUGGAGCCCGCAGGAAAAUGCUGCUCGCCAUCUCAGAACUAAACAAGAACAGGAGGAAGCUAUUUGAGCCACCCAUCAGGUCCUCCUUCCUGGAAGGGGGAGCGAGCGGGCGCCUCUCCCGUCAGUUUCACACAGACGUGGCCAGCAUCAGCGGGCGAUGGUAGGGCACCUCCAGAGCUCCUUGGCAUCCCAGAACCGUCCAUGCUGGAGACCUGCCUCCAGUAUCUUUCUGUGCCUCAGCAACCCAGGUUUCAGUUGCCGUUUACUCUCUUUCAGCUUCAGCUGGAUUAAGACUGUGCAAAAUGUUGUCGUUUCCAUGUAGUAUAAAUACAAAUAUAUAAAAAAAAAAGCCAUAGUUUUACCUGAAGUGCCAAAGAAAAUAAGGGAUGUCUCAGAUACAUGAGAUUCAGUGUUCACUCCUGAUGGAGCUGUGGAGUCUGUCUGGAGCAUCUGCAUACAAAGGAUGUUGUUAUGGUUCUUGAGAAGGGUACUGUCCAGUAUUUCUGUCCACUUUUUGUUCAAGGGAACAGGCAGAAUGAUUAGUACAAUCAUUUUUACACAUUGAUACUACCUGCAUUUGUACUAUGCUGUUGUAUCAGUGACAUGCACUUUAAUAAUACUAGACUUUUGCCUGUGAGAGCCUAAUUCUUAGAUUGAAAUAAUGAUAGCUAUGCAUUUUUUAUUGAUUAAAAAGCACAGAUGCAUUUUGUACCAAGCCAAAUGUAAGCACUUAACCAGCGAGAUCUGGACGCCACCAAACGAAGUGCAAAAUAUGUCGGUGCACCAAAGUGGUGACUUCAUUAACUUUAACACACAUACACCAAAGGAAGAAAAUCAGUACGGCCUUUGACCUUUGGCUAGCUUUAGUGUUUUGAUAGGUGGACAUUCCUCCGAGGUCAGUGUUCGUGUCCAACCGCAGUCUCUUUGCGUGUCUCUGUACUUCUAAGCAAAAAAAAAAAAAAAUCUAAUAUUUUGUACUCCUUAUGCAUUAUGAUUUUAUUUUUCAUUUUUAUUACUAUUUUAGGGGAACGGGUGGGAUGUUUAACGGUAAUCAGUUUACAUGUGUAUUUUUAUACAUUCAUGAAUGAGUUUCUAUGAUUUUGUAAUUAGAUUAAUUAGUGUCUUUUACUUUUCUUUCUGCCCUUUAAUCUGUGGAGCCGUAACAUGGCUGUGCCAUCAGACAGCAGCAGAGACAUGAGGCAGUCGGGCUCAGCUUUUUAGGCCUCUCUCUGAUUCUGUCAACAGGCAUCUUUCUGUGGUUUUCCCCUCUCUGUUUGUUUAUAGCACAUGGUCUUUUGUCUCAUCUGUUAUUUGUCAGUGUUGGCCUUCCUGUGGCCCCCUCUUUGUGCCUAAAACCUCACAAAGCACUCCUCCAUGCCUUGAUGCCUUGUUAGAACUACGUGCUUUAUUUUUUGUCUUCCAAUUCACCAAUUGUUCCACUUAGAGCAAAGAAAGACCUCGUAACAAAGCAAGACUGUGGCUUUAUAGCGAAAAGUGCCAAUGUACAUAACUAGUUUUUCAGCAGGGAAAUAUUUCGUUAAGAACACUAAUAUUUUGGUCUGACCGUACUCUCCGAAUAGGAGGUGCAUCACACAAAGAACCAGUAUAUUUACAGCCAAGUUAGUUUCACAUAAAGAGACACGAAUAAGGAAUCAAAGUCAUCAUAGGGACUGUGAGAUUUAAGAUGAAAACAAAUAAAAAUUUGGAAUUUCCUAGUAUCAGUCGUGCAAUCUAAGAUCCAGAAAACCUGGUUAAGCAGUGUUUAAUGAAGUAACAGGAUUAUGCUUGCGGCUGCAGUGUUUAUCCUCAAAGCUUGUAUUUUUUCUGGGCUUCUGUAUUAUGUUCGGUCAUGUGUUUUGUAAAGGAAAACAUCCUUUCCCAACAGUUCAUUAAUUUUGGAUAGCGCAAGUGUUUUUUGUGUGUGAUGUUCCUAAGAAUCAUCUGAGGAUUUAGCUCACAAGCCAAACCAUCUUCAAAGGUCCUGAGCAUUUUGGAUCAAGUGCAAUUAAGCGCUUCUUUGUAAAGUCCCCCCCGUCCCCGCCCCUGCGAAAAUGUAUUUAUAUUUGCAGUUAAAUAAGUAUAAAAGCUAGGGAUGAAGAAUUUCAUAUCUUGGUUUAAAUGAGAGUACAGUAUAUAAAAUCUAUUCGGUAUGUAGGGGAUGCUUCUGAGGAAUUAUCACUGUGCAGUGCAUGAACGUUUAUCUCAACAAACUGAACUAUGACAGAAAGUAACAGCAGUCCUGAUACCAUCUCAAACAGAGAGAAGUCGUCUGUCUGUCACCUCCCUUUGAUUCCCCAUGACUCCCUUUAAGGUGACUUGUUUGUAAUGUUUGAACCACUUUCCACCCUCCCUUGCAUCUGAUUUGAGCCAUUUAAUGUGGUUGUCAAGUUAAUAACACUAUGCUAAAUAAUAUUCUGACAUGGUUGCUGAUGCCAACCAGGUAAGUCUUCUUUUUUUUUUCCUUCGAAAUCUUUAAGAGAAUAGAUGUAGAGGGAGAAAGCUAAUGUAGAAAGGGAUUCUUUACCCUGAGAGGAAACCCGGGGCCACUUCGCCCCCACUCAUCAUGGUACUACAUUGAAACUGUUGAGCACUGAUUCUCCCAGUGCUGUGACUCGUGUUCCUGCCUAGCAGACAUUUGUUUUCAGCCUUCACCUUGUUCGGAUGUGUUUGCUCGUGAGGCAGUAGAGGUUCUUGUCUUAUCAAGUGAAUGUUGUUUAAAAAAAAAAAAAAUAUUGAUGCAUGUUAUUGCAGAUUUCUUCCGGAUCAGUGAAGGGACUCGUCAAGUCAAAACGUUUACUGCCAGGAUAUCUUUGCCCUUGAUAGAAUAGUUUCACAAUUAUGUCUUUGAUUUCUUGUAUUAGUCAUAGUUCUGUUCCCAGAGGAAUUUGUUUGAAGGAGUCUUUGUACUGCAAUCAAAUGGUACAUUUAUAAUAAAUGUAAACCACUAAGGAAAAGAUGUAAUACAUAACUUUUGUACAACCAUUGUUUUUGUGUGAGAAAAAUACAGUUCUGCACAAGUUCCAGAGAGGAUUUGUGUGUAUACAUUGCCAUGUUACCAAAGCUCUGUUCACUAUGGCAUCCGUUGAUGCUAUUGUUAUGCUAACUGUAUUGCAGUACAGAUAUAAACAGGACUUUUUGGAGAAACUGUCAAGCAGGCAAAAAAAAAAAAGAAAAUGUUUGUUCGGACAUUCAAAUGAUAUUAUGAUGGUAAUAAAUAUAUGCAAACAAA